GCCACGGGCCCCUCGGGCUCCCAGAUGCAGCUGCUGGAGACGGAGUUCUCGCGCUCCGUGCCGGAGCUCAUCGAGCUGCACCUGGCGCAGCAGGACAGCAUCCCCGCCUUCCUCAGCUCCCUGACCCUCGAGCUCUUCAGCCGCCAGACCGUGGCGUAGCCGGCUCUGCCCGGCCGUGUCCAGGCCUGGGGCGCCGGCGCUGUCCAGGACGGCCGCGCUCGCCGCCCCAGCCACCUCCCCCGCAUCCUGCCUGUCUGCCCCGAGGACCCCACAGGACCCCACACCGCUCGGAACCCGGGCGCCCCCAGAGCCGGCCCCACCCCCACCUACGGAAUAAAGUUUUGUUCUCCAGCCA